AGCGCCGCGGUGCACGGGUCACGUGACUGGGGACAACAAAGCUGGGCGCUGUGCACAGGGCGCACUUCCCGCACAGGACUGCGGGCAGAGAGGAGGCAGCCCACACCGAGGAGGGGGCGGCCAGUCAUUCAUGGUGUAUGUAUGCGGCUGCAUGACGCGCGCUCUCUCAGGAGACCAGAGCCGCCACUGAGCUGACAACACACUGCUGCCUGACACCCCAGCCAGCUCGGGAGCCAUGUCCCUGCCGCUGCCCAAGAAGGGCUUCUACCGCCAGGAGGUCAACAAGACGAUGUGGGAGGUGAAGGAGCGCUACCGGGACCUGCUGCCUGUGGGCUCCGGAGCCUAUGGCACUGUGUGCUCAUCCAUUGACAAUAGGACGGGAACAAAAGUGGCCAUCAAGAAGCUUUACCGUCCUUUUCAGUCGGAACUCUUUGCAAAACGAGCAUACAGGGAGCUGAGGCUUCUGAAGCACAUGCAGCAUGAGAAUGUUAUUGGCCUACUAGAUGUAUUUACUCCUGACUUGUCCCUGGAGAAAUUCACUGACUUUUAUCUGGUUAUGCCUUUCAUGGGCACAGACUUGGGCAAGAUAAUGAAACACGAGAAACUGUCAGAAGAUAGAAUUCAGUUUCUAGUAUAUCAGAUCUUGAGAGGUUUAAAGUACAUCCAUUCGGCUGGUAUAAUACACAGGGAUCUAAAGCCUGGAAAUCUAGCUGUGAAUGAAGACUGUGAACUGAAGAUCCUGGAUUUUGGACUGGCAAGGCACACAGACAGUGAAAUGACAGGUUAUGUGGUGACCAGAUGGUACCGAGCUCCGGAGGUGAUUCUCAAUUGGAUGCACUAUACACAGACAGUGGACAUCUGGUCUGUUGGCUGUAUCAUGGCAGAGAUGUACACUGGGCGCCCACUUUUCAAGGGUAAUGACCAUCUGGAUCAGCUGACUGAAAUCAUGAAAAUUACAGGGACACCAACUCAGGAUUUUGUGCAGAAACUUCAAAGCCCUGAUGCAAAAAACUAUAUCAAGAGUCUCCCAAAAGUGCAAAAGAAAGACUUUGGAUUAUUGCUGCGAUAUGCAAACCCUCUAGCUGUCAGUCUCCUGGAAAAGAUGCUGGUGCUGGAUGCAGAAAAAAGAAUAACGGCCACAGAUGCUCUAUGUCAUCCUUACUUUGAGCAGUUCCAUGAUUCUGACGAUGAGAUGGAAGCAGAUCCCUAUGACGAUUCAUGUGAUAAUGUAGAUCUCCCUGUUGAUGAAUGGAAGUGUCUUACUCACAAAGAAGUGACAACAUUCCUUCCACCAGUGGCCGAGUCCAAGGAAACAUCUGUAUAGUUGGCUGUAAGGCUCCAAAAGAAAAAUAGGAUAUAAAUUAUGAGACAUGAACUCUGAAACUGGAUAACUGGAUAUAUAUGUGUUUUCAGUCAUCUGUGUCAUUGUUUUCAUUCCAGUUGGGGAUAUAUAGUGCCUUUUUGUAUUUCUUUUAAGUGGGGAUUUUUGUCUUGCCUAUUUGUCUGCAGAGUGUACUGUAUCAACGAGAAGUAUUGUGAAUAUACUGGUAGCAUGGAGUCAACUCUGCGGGCCUCCUGUGCUUCUAAGCAAAGUGCUCUGUCUCUGUAGCAGUGAGAUAUUGCUGGUGUACUGUAGAUUUGGGCAAGCCCUGUCACAUUCCAAUACACUCUGCAGUAUUAUUAUGAAUAAUAAACAUUUUAAUUAAAGUGCAUGAAUUUUGUCUACUGGACAGAUUUCUCCUAUUAAUUGCAAUGGGCAGCGUGUAGUCCUAUUAGCAGAAGGAAGCAUGCCCACGUGGUUAAAAAUACACACACAAACGUUUCCUGAAACUCUGCCAUGGUGAGAUAAUCCCCGUUAGGCUGUCCUUUUAAAUAGAUAAUCAGAAUGUGUUUAAUUUCCCUCGUCCCACUUGACACACCCCGUGGAGCUCCCGUCUUUCACUGUGCGCCGCGCUACACACAUGGCAGCAGGUGCAGGGGAGUAAUCCAAGGUCAGUACAGUAAUCAUUUAAUCACCAGAGAACUAGCAUAGCGCACUUCCAAAAAAACAAAUUAUUGCUCUGUUCCUCCCUCUGAGAACAUUUGAACAGGGGAUUAUUAAAUGAAAGCGGCAUAAUGACUAAGCCGGCUAUUUAUGGAAAAAGAAUGGAUGGCAUUAUUUGGAAUUGGUGCUGCGGAAUUAUAAUGCUGUGCGUGUUAUCAAGUCGAGCCGUGUACUACUGAUCUCUGCUCUAAUAGCGUGUCAUUUCAGUGGCCGCUGAGCACAUCUUAUACCUUUAAUUUGUUUUAGAUUCUCUGUAUUUAACAAGGAACUGCAAUGAUAUGUUCUUUUUGGGGGAGAUAUGUUUCCAAUGUUGGCACAUUUCAUUUCAGGAGAAGUUAAAGAGAAAAAAUGCUGAAGCCAGUGAGUCGUCAUUUCCUACUAAAAUGGUAUUGCCGCCUCAUUGACAAGAUAACAGGCUGCUGUAAACAGCGUCUGCACUCUGGUGAAAUCGAAAAUCCUUAUAAUAUAACAACGGUCUUGUUUUUGAAAAAAUAUCACAUAAAAAGAAUUGCUGAUGGUGUUUGAGAUGACAUUUCAGCAGCUGCACAGCUUAUAUAAAAACGGUGGCUCAUGCAUAGUGGUAGCCAUUAGAUUUUAAGCUUGAAGGUUAUCAACACCUUUUUGGGGAAUGUUUUUAAAUGCAUGCAUUGUUUGCUCCAAAUCAUUAAAAAUCAUUUUUGCAAUUUUUAGUUUUUAUUAAAAAGAAAUUUGCUGUA